AAUGGUAAAAAGGAGAAAAAUCAAGAUGAACAGGCUGUCCAGUUCUUGUGAACAAAUGUGACUGACGACAACACUCUUUGUCCUUUUGCCUCUCUCUCUCUCUCCUCCACCAGCAAACCAUUACUCCUCUCUCUCCUCCGUGACUCCGUCCUCCAUCGCUGCAACCCCUCAUUCCUCGAUUCAAUUCUUCCCUUUUCGCUCAAAGCUCCAAUCUUUACUUGAAACCCAACACAAAGUUCCAAUCUUUACCAUUCUUGAAGUCUUCACGGCUCUGACUCGCCCUGAGGAGGCGAAGAAGAAGAAGAAGAAGAAACCCAACAAUGGGGUUUCUCCAAGUGCUUCUCUUUCUCCAUCUCUUUCAGAAACUCUCUGCUCAGUCUCCCUCUCCUCCGACCAAUGUGACUUCUUCUUCUCUCGACUCCAUUCUUCAAGAUUACUCCUUUAGAGCCUUUGUUAACCCCCGCACCGGCAUUCUCUACGACGCCGCCUCUCCUUCCAAUUUCACCGGGAUCAAACUCGCCGCCAUGAGACUCAGAAGCGGAAGCUUCAGAAAGUACGGAGUACAUUCCCUCAAAGAGUUCUCGAUUCCGACAGGAGUCACCGUGAAGCCGUACGUGACAAGGCUCGUUCUUGUCUAUCAGAACCUAGCUAACUACUCUCAGUUCUAUUAUCCUCUUCCCGGUUACGACUACGUAGCUCCCGUGCUGGGCCUCCUCGCUUACGACGCUAAGAAUCUCUCCGCCGUUAACUUACCCGAGCUGGAGUUAACGGCGUUAAACGGUUCCAUUAGUAUUAGUUUCGCCGAUCUCGAGCGUAUCCCGCAAGGUUCUGGCGCUAAGUGCGUUAGUUUUGAUUCGCGAGGGAAAGCCACUUUCAAGGACUCGGUUCGGAACACGUGCGAGACUGUGAAGCAAGGGCAUUUCUCUGUGGUGGUUAAGUCUGUGGCAUCUGCUCCGUCUCCGAAGAGGGAGAAGAGGUCUGAGGAUAGUGCCAAGACUUGGAUCAUUGUUGGAUCAGUGGUGGGUGGGUUGAUACUAUUGGGGCUGUUGGUAUGUCUUGUCAUGAGGUGUCGGAGUUACAAGAAGGAGGAGAAGAUUAGGGAGAUGGAGAGAGCUGGAGAGACGGGGGAAGCUCUUAGGAUGACUCAGGUCGGAGAGACGAGAGCACCGACAGCUACUUCUACUCGUACACAACCGAUGCUCGAGACUGAAUACGCAGCUUAGAGGAAAACUUUUGAUUGUGGUUUUGUGUACAUCUUCAUUAUUGUUAGAGUUCAGCUUUGAUCCAUCUGUUACUUGUCUUCUGCUUAAGAAGAUGAUGCACAUUCUCAACUUUGAGUUUAUCAUUCUUCAAAAGUUAGUAGUGGUGUCCUUGAGGUUCAAGUAUUUUCUUGAGAAUAUGACUUGCAAGCAGGCCCCAUAUAUACUACAGCAGCUAAUUUAUGUUACAACAUUCAUAUUUUCAUUCAGAAUUGUCUCGCCUGGUUGUUCUUCAUAAGACUCGUUAUGGUUCUCAUGCAGCAGCUACCUCUGAGAAACAUAGUAGGCAAAAAGUUUUGAGUCAAACGUGGAAUAGCCUGGCUUUGUGUCUUCUUGUGCUAUGAUGCAUAUUUUGAUGUCAACAAUGUUAAUUUACUCUGACAUCUGUAGAUGUAUCAGAAGAUUCUUAAUGUCAGGUUCUUUGUCUCAUCAUUGCCAGAUCUUAGUACUGGAUCUGGAAAUGAAGAUAAUUGUCUAUUGUAUUAAUUGUGUUCUAAGGACAUCCAAAAUGAUUGCCCAAAAGGAAAACUAUUGUUUUAGAAUAUUCGUCCUUUUUGUUCUCUG